CUACAAACGAAUCACAACAAACUUCAAGUCAAGUUUUGCUACUUCCGACAAUUGAACUGUCAGAUUCCUUCUUUUUGUUGUUUAUACGGGCCAAGUUUGGUAACAAACUAUAGCGUACACAACCAUGAAACAAAACAAAUUUGUAACGUCUUCGCGCAGGAAGAAUCGCAAGCGGCAUUUCCAGGCUCCUUCGCACAUCCGCCGUCGCCUAAUGUCGUCUCCAUUAUCGAAGGAGUUGCGCCAAAAGUACAAUGUUCGCUCAAUGCCCAUUCGCAAGGAUGAUGAAGUGCAAGUGGUGCGUGGCCAUUUCAGUGGCAAUCAGGUGGGCAAAGUGGUACAGUCGUAUCGCAAGAAGUUCGUUGUUUAUAUUGAAAAGAUUCAACGUGAAAACGCAAAUGGCACUAAUGUAUAUGUCGGUAUUCACCCAUCAAACUGUUUGAUUGUUAAACUGAAAUUGGACAAAGACCGCAAAGCAAUUUUGGAUCGCCGCGGUAAGGGACGCAUGGCUGCCUUGGGCAAGGAAAAGGGCAAAUACACCGAAGAAACUGCUGCGCAACCAAUGGAAACAGCUUAAAAAUUGGGAAGGUGUUGCCUACUUUUAUAUUAAUAACAAAUUUUAGAAUAAAAGUUUCCUUUUAAGUGGAAA